GGAUCCCUUUGAUGUUGUCGACUUUGUGGAAAGAUUAGCUUGGAGAAUGACAACAGGAAUGGAAACUGUCGACGCUGCCUUUCUUAAAAAUAAAUUUGAAGAGGAAAUUGGAAGUCUUCAAUUGCUUAGUGAUCAAUUCCAGAAUAAAUUAACAACAUUAGAGCAACAACAACAACGAGACAAAACAAAUUUUUUGGAUUCACUUCAGCGACUUUAUGAUAAAAAUUCUGAGGGUUUGGAAAGAUUAAAGCAAUUAGAUUUAAUAAUGCAGACAGUCUCCGCUAAAGUUGUCCAUCUGGGUGACCAAUUGGAAAGUGUAACACGGGCUUUUGAUGCGCUCCAAAUGAUGAGACAUUUUGAUGAAUUUUUGGCUGAACAACCUUUGCAUUCGGCUGUUUUUACUGAUCCUGACAGGUUACUCGAAUCAGCUGAAAUUAUUACAAAAUUAUCGUCUAUCGCUCAAGAAUUGGACAAAAAUAAAUUUCAAACAGUUCAAAUGAGAAUUUCACACAAAUACGAUGAAAUAGAACAAUUACUAAUCGAAGAAUUUAUUCGUUCUCAUGACAGGAAAAGAAUGAGAGAAAUUGCUGUUAUUCUUUCUGAAUUUAAAGGAUUUUCUCGUUGUGUUGACGGCUUUGUAGAACGCAUUCAAAGCACUGCUCCACGUUCAGAAAACGUUUUUACCGACAUUUUUAAACUUUGUGAAAAGGCAAAACCAAUUAUUGAAGAAGUCUUUCCUCGAACACAAUUUGUUAUUUCAAAGCUUUUGCUUAAUGUCUUUCAUGGGAAAUUACAGGAUAUGGUUGUAGCAACACUUGAGGAGACGAAAGGCAAUCCGGAACUUUAUUUGACUAAUCUUUAUGAACUUUAUUCAAAAACAUUUAAAUUACAAGGAGCUUUACGUUCCCUUUUUCCAACAAAUUCUGUUGAUCCACAAUUUUUGCCUACUUUGAGUCAAUCAAUUUUUGGACCUUUCUUGGUCACUUAUUCAAAAAUUGAACACAAAUUUAUUGCGGACAAGUGUACUUUUAUUUUGAGAAAAUUUUAUGAAUCUAAAGGACAUCAAAAAAGGAGUAUUCUUUCUAGCGGUCUUCAAGACCUCAAAACUCGUCUUCUUAAUGCAGAAGAUUUUGGUGGCGAAACCUUUCUUUCAGAAAUUAUUGCAAUUAACAUACUCCAAGAAUUUAAGAAUGCUUUUAUUCGUUGCACCACACUCUGUAAAAAGAGCGAAUCUUUGGAGUUAAUAACAGCUUUUUAUGAUAUGUUACUCAAAUUUUUAUAUUCUGAACAUGUAGAAUAUGCAAUUGAUUUGGGUUUGGCAUGUAUUCCCUUGUCAGAACCUAAAACAGAACCUUCUGGAAAUUUUUUCAAAAUAAUCCAACAAAGUUCGGCAAUUACACAUUUAUUUGCAAAAUUGUUUGAUGAUAGUAUACAUCCAGAAAUUAGGGAUACACAAAUAGAAGAUUCGGUUUUAAAGAAGCGUGACCAAACCCUUCGUAACGUUGAAGAAAGAAUAAAUAUUGGUGUUAGACGGCAAUUAAAUGCUAUAGUUGCCUAUGUUCGUUUUGUUUUUAAUACAACACAAAAGAAAUCUGAUUUUAAACCAGAAGAGGAUUCUAAUGAAAUUAGCACUAUAUGUUCUAAUGCCUGUUCUCUAGUAAUUAAAUAUCUUAACAAAGUUGUCCAAAAUUCUGAAAAAUGUGGAAUUAAGGAUUGUGUUGAUGGAGGCAAUUUACAAGUUGUACUUUCUGAAUUAGGCGAACAUUUAUACAAUACAAUGUUAACGCAUAUACUCUCGUUUGGCUACAAUUUGCCUGGGGCGAUGCUUUUACUUUGUGAUAUUAAUGGAUAUAAACGUUGUAUUAGUUCUUGGGGUGUUCCUGAACUCGAAAAGAAGUUUAACAGUUUACAUGCUUUAGCUAACCUUUUGGUUGUUGUUCCAGAAAAUUUACCAGAAGCUUGUAAUUCUCAAUUAUUGAAAAAUGUAGAUCGUCAUUUAAUGAAUAGUUUUAUACAAUUACGUCAUGAUUACAAAUCCGCAAAACUUUUUUUGAAUAAUUAUUAG